AUGGCGCUGCCGUGCGUGGAUGUGGCCUCGCUACCAGAGCUGGGCGACGAACCGGGCGACACGCUUGGCCUGCAGGAGGAGCUGAGCGCUGUCCUGGACGCAGCUUUUGGGCCGGAGGGCUUGGGGCUGAUCUGCGUCACUGGCGGGGAGGACUUCCAGCAGCGGGUGCGGCAGCUGCGGGCGGAUCUGCUGCCGCUGGGUUUCGCCCUGGGGAAGCUGUCCCCUGAAGCACAGGAUGCGAUCCGUGAGAGGGGCACGCUGAACGUGAACAACUUCUCCAGAGGCGUGGACGGGAACCGCACUGGGUUCUACUUCCACCCCUCCUUGGACAAUCCCGCGGAGUGCCUUCCAAAAGACCUGGUGCCGGAGCCUACCUUCUACGCGCCCAGCUUGUGGCCAGAGGAGCUCCCGGAGCUGCGGCGCCGGGCCCGCGAGGCCUGCCCCUGGCUGGUGCGCACCGCCCGGCGCCUGGCGGCGGCGGUGGACGCCCGCUGCGCCCAGAUGCUGCCGGGCUAUCGCCCCGGCACCUUGCUGCGGCUCAUCGGCCCGCCAGAGAGCUGCAACCACAAGUGCCGCCUCAUCUGCUACCACGACUUUGAGACGGCGGAGCAGAGGGCCAAGGCCAAAGGAAUGUGGGCACCUCCCCACAAGGACACGGGGCUGCUCACAGCUUUGGUGCCCAGCGUCUUCCAGUCCCUCGACGGUUCGGAGCCGAGCCCGGACCAGGAAGUGGGGCUCUACGUGCGGGACAGGAAGGGUGCCAUUACCCAGAUCAAGAAGCCAGACGUGGGGGAAUGUCUCUUCUUCCAGGUGGGCGAGGCGCUUCAAAUCGUGUCCGGCGGCCUCUACCAUGCCACAGAGCAUUGCGUGCGAGGCCCGCCCGCGCACUGCAGAGGAUACGAGCGCGCGACGCUGGCGGUGUUUCUGCAGCCCCAUGCGCAUGAGGAGCUCCCACUCCCGGAGGGCAUGGCGAUGCGCGAGGUGGCCGAGCGGGCCUACGACGGCCUCUUCAGGAUGUUCCUCCUGUACCAGCCGCCGGAAAGCAGGGCCAUCAACUUCCUGCACUUCUGUCAGCGUGAGGGGUUUUAG